CAUCUGUCAUAGAUUGUAAAUUCGCUCUCGUUCCCUUGUCUGUGUCCGCUGAUGUAGGCGGAGUUCACAAUAUUUUCUAGUUUAUCGCUCUCGUUCCACUUUUCAAUAUUAUUCUUUUAUUUUUAUAUCUAGUGCCUAGUGUUGUGCUUUCCUCUUUAAUACUAAUAGUGAUGUGUUUCGAAAUCUGUGCAUAAUUUCUCUCGGAUAUGCUUUUGUGAAUUUAUGAUGUCAUAUUUGUGCUUGGAACCUUGAAAUAUGAGUGUCGAAGCGGAUGUAUCUAGCCCUCUAUCUGAAGGACAGAGUGGUACCUUGGAUCGGAUAUCGAAAUCGUCAUCCGACAGCCUUACUUUAAGCAAGACUGAAGAGGUCGACCCAGGGCAAGAUCAAGAUGACAAGUCAGAACCCUCUACACCUAAGCCUCAUCCGAUGGCAUUUACCAUUGAUUUUGGGGAGACCAAGCCAGUGGAUAACCGUAGGCUGGAGGAACUGGCGAAAAAAUCCCAAGCCAGACAUCAAAGAGUUCAAUCUAUGUCUGCAAGCUUAACGAGACCUAGUCCAGCGCCUCAGAAAACCCCUAUGAGUGCUAAACUGCCCAGAAAAGCUCAAGGAUACAACUCUGAAGGGUACUUCUCAUCAGACCAGGAGGAUAGUGGUCUGUCAGGGUCCGUUAAACUACGUAGCAGCCCCCUAACGCAAUCUGCAUAUGUGACCUCCCCAGUAAUCAACAGGCACACAAAAUCACCAAUUACAGAUAUUUUCCAACCAAAACGUACGUCCAAAAGUCCAAUAGUUGAUAGUAUAAUGUCAAGAAGUGAUAAUUUCACUGCGAGACAAGGCUUGAACCUUCCAUUAAAGAACCCUACAAGUUCCUAUGUACGAGACAUCCAUAGAACUCCGAGUUAUGGUAACCUGUCAUCGUCUUAUCAGCCUAAACAUAGUAAUAUAGCUGAUAUUAUCGAUCAAAGUCCUGAAGGAGUUAUGUUAACUGAUAUAUCCAGUCCAGAAUUAGAUAUUUUAACUCCCGAUAAUGGCCUAUCUACUCCGGAGCAUUCCAAAAGUCCAUUGAUACGAAAGAGUAGAGCAUCAUCAGAAACACCAGAUUUGUUUAAGAAAUGCAUUCCAAAAGUAGAGCCUUUAUAUGUUGAUGAUGAAGUGGAUAGGCAGUCAGAUAAUUCAUCAACUGGUACAUACACCAUCGAAGGUGAUAAUUACACUGAAGAGCAGAAAGCUCGGAUGAGUAUAGAUCGUACAUUUGGUGCUAAUUUACUAAAUGAGACUGUAGAAGAAACAUUGCAGAUAGUCAAUACUGAAAGAGAUCCUGAAAUAGUAUUUGACUUUCCAUCUCUUCAACGGGUCAUCACGAAGGAGCCCCGAAGAGAUGUUGCACUACGAAGUCCAUUAGCUAUUAAUGCAUUAGAUUUGCCAAACAAAGUGUCAAAAGACAAGAAUGUGUUAGAAAUAUCCUGUUGCUAUGAACCUCCAACAGAAAAUGAUCUAGCUGCCCAAACAUCCAAGCAAAUUAAGUCCACACGUAGUUAUUUAGAGAAAAUUAAAAAUAGGGUGCGUACUAUAACUGAAAAGACUUUCUCCAAGUCUCCACCGAAGCAUGACGAGGAUGUGGACGUUGGUAGCUUUACCUCUGUGACCACAUCCGGUGUUUUGAGCACUAAAAACCUUGCAAAAGUGGAGAUACCAAGUCGAAGAAGAUGCAGUUUGACCAAAUCUGAAAUUGACCAAACCGACUAUAUCCACAGGCUAUCUAGAGAAUCUUCUGUGCCUGUUUGUCUUCCAAGCAAUAGGGUUCCUUUAGAUGCUGCAAAAUUCGAGAGCACUGCCUUAAAAAACGCUCAAAAAGCUAUGAGAGAUGAUUCCGGAGUGUCCUCAGAUAUUACACCAGAUCAUGUGGUUGGGAAACUGUCAUAUCUAAGUCUGAAUAGAUGUAAGGGGGAUAAGACUUGGAUACAAGAUUGGGCUGAAAGUGUCAAGAAAUACAAUUACGAUGGCACAUUUCCAGUGGAGAUGGAUAGGCCUCCAAUAAGUCCAAGGCACAUCCAGGCUAAACCGCGCAGUCCCCACUGCGUUACUCCGACCAAGAUACCCAGCCCCGUGGGUACACUUCUGCACAGGAGAACACCGGAUUUAAUUCCAGUUCAAGACACUGAAUCUUAUUUGUUGAAGACACAAAGCGCUAUAACAAAUCUACAGGCAAAACUACAAUCAUCAAGAACCAAUAAUUUCUCGAACAUUCCCUCUCAACUUACCUCCAGUCUCAUCAGCGAGAAGACUGCUAUCUCACGCCUUCCUGUGUCACAGCUCAGUAGGUCAAACUCACUGAACUAUCGUCUAAGAAGAAAAGACACGUAUAGUGAUAGCAGCCCACUUAGAAGUCCAGGACAUUACGUCAUAACUGGCUCCGCGAAAGUUCCAGAAAGCACUAGAAUACUCUUGAAUUCCGCAUCGCGAUCACUAGACACCGAAAGGCGGAAAGGACGCGAUUCGAACAUGAACAGUCCGUGUUCUGAUAGAGGUCUUUUGAGUAAUAGUUCUGAUGACAAAACAUUGUCCAACAAACCAGCGUAUGACUUCAAUCCUGCACCUUCACCGUCCAGGAAAGGUCAUACGCGCCACAAAACAGUUGACGCCAGAAACGCUCCGGAAUUGUAUAAAGACGUGAAUAAUGCAAACCAAAUUGUUAGUCUGAAAACGGUUCUUAAGAACAACGCCUUAGAUGCGAAAUAUCCGCGGAUUGAUCAAACCCGUUGCCAAGGAGACAAGAAGCAUCAAAGAGUAUUAAGCGACGGCAAGAAACCUAACAAUAUAGCGUUUGGAUCAUCCAUUAAGCGAUCUAGUUCAUUUAAUACAGUUAACAGGAAUAACAACUAUUUGGAACCAACCAGAAAUGUGUUUAGGAGAUCCAGUGGCCAUUCAGAUGAUUAUAAAGAUGAUUAUUUAUCAGAUGAAUCUGAUAAUGGUUCGUUCAGUAAAUCUCAAGAGAUGAGAUAUAAGAGGUCUGUCAAAAGCAGGAUAGAUUCGCCUGAUUUGAAGUCAAUAGCGCCGGCCAACUCUCCAAGGUGCCCCAAUACUCCGGAAAUGCAGAGGAAAUUUGGACCAGGGCUGGUUAGGAAUUCCAGUAGGGUUAUAAGUAAAGAUAGGGUUAGUAAUACGAGGAUGUCGGAGCCUCCUGUCGCUAGGGAAGAGAGGGGGAAGCCGACUAAUCACCAGAGUCGCAGGAUAUCUGAACCAACGAGACAGGCUGUUUUGAACAGACUGACUAAAUCAAGAUCGUCCACAAGGGAGUUUCAACCUAAUAAAAAUCAAGAUAAAGGGCAAAAGAAGCCAAGCCAACACCGGUCAUCAUCAGCUCUAGCCACUAAGGAAAUCGAAUUCUCCAAUUGGAAGAAGCGGUCUUCGUACGACCCCAUGAAGGCAGCACAAGAGGGCAAGAAACGCCAGCAGUUGGCUAAGCGGCAGGACAAUAAGGAUGCCCUAAGUUCACCCAGCCACUCUUCUCCAGUACAUCGCUCGCAGUCGUUCCACACAACCAACAUCGCUGACCUAGAAACCCUGGAGUAUUCCUCGGAGGAGGAUGACCAGAUGCUGGCUCUACCAGUCGAUCCGAUGAUCACGUCCACGCACUCCGAUAUCCUGGACUUGAGGACAAACAGAGAGAAUCUCAGACGGCAGGCGAUGACCAACGAAGUUGUGCUAUCCAGGGACUAUAUCACCAACUUUCAGAUAAACCAACAAACAGAUAAAACAAAACGCCGCGACGCCGACAAACGCAAAACAUUUAUUAUCGACGACGUCACCCCCACCAAAGACAAUGUAGACUUCCUGCCUAAAAGGGAUGAAGCCAUAGACAAGAGGAAAACUUUUAUCCUAGACAGUGACACGAAUUCAACGACAAACGGAAGCAGUCCAAGGAAUUCGUCGAUAUUCAGUCAUGAGAAGAAUUCAAUGACAACUGGCACUAGUGACACGGAGGGCGAGAGCGGGACGGAGAGUGCGCCGGUUGUUAUGCGGCAUCCGGGUGGGAAGAGGGCGCCUGCGCAGCCUAAACAGAGGUACAGCGGUGACUAUUCAAUGUCAUCAUCGACGACCUCAAUAAGCCAGAAGCGGCCCAAGGAGAUCCAGCCUCGGUAUCUCGACAUAUCCAAGUACAAGUCUGAGAGUUCGCCCAAGAACUUCCUGCGGCGGGACCCCAGCAAGACUUAUGUGGGAGUCCUGCCAAACUGCGACAGGAGUCACGUUAGCAAGGGGAGCGCGCAGCACUAUGAAAUGGAACAAAAGAAGCAAGAGUUAGAAAAGUGGAAACGGAGAGCAUCAUACGAUCCGAGGAAGGCUGCGGCGCUCGGGAAAACAAACAAACCGCCACCGAAGACAGCCAGCAGUGUCCUACGUUCUCAGUCGUUUCAUGGGCCCGUACUUGUAUCUACAAGUCUACGCUACCAGCCACCGCCCACGCAAAUAACAGAGAACUACGACCAUUCGAGCGACAACGACUUCUAAUGCGACCGCUUAAAGUCGACAAUACGAUGGCAAAAUGUGAUAAUGUGCGUGCAAGGUCUAUGUGAAUGUAUGGUGAAACGAAUUUGUAUCGUCUUAUAUAAAUUAUUCGUAAUAUUAAUAAAAUUAAUUACGAUUAAAAUAUCAUAGUGAGGUUAGUGUUGUAUGUUUAGCGAGUUUAAUGUGCGCUCCGUUGCGUUUGCCAGUUGCAGUUUUAUAAAAGUUUUCCUGUCAAAUAUGACAGAUCGAUUUUCGCGCCAAAACCACUGAGAAGGAAUGUCUGUAUAGGCUGAGUCCUUUUGCCUUUCCCUGUGAUGGGAAAAAAUUAACCAAAAAAAAGAAAGAAUUGCGUUUUGUUUCAACAUAUUUGUAGAUGGCUACAAAUAGGUUACAAUGAGAGGUGUAUUUGAAUAAUCGCAUAAUUUUUUAUUUUGUAUGAACUAUGAUAUUAAAUUCAUACUUAUGUACAUUUUAACAUAUUGUAUUGGAUUCAAAAACA